CAUCCUUCGUUUUUGCAUCAAUACCUAAUCAAUAAUUGUCAAUAAUUGAAACGGCUUAUGCGAAGACAAUCAGCUUAUGGUAUCAAGGAUAUUUCUUUUCUUUUUUCUUUUUUCCCUUCAUAUCAGAUCAGAGCUACCCUUUGUCGUUCAUUCUUUGGCUAUAUGUUUUACCAACUGCGAGCUUGUGAAUAUAAUUUACAGUCUGCUGUGUUUUAACCCUUCACCCGCGUUGGGCGUUGACCUAUAUCGACUAGGUGAGGUCCUCGCCUUCGAACGAAGUUGAGAAAGCCCAGCCUGUGUGGUUGUAUUACAUACAAUGGACAACUCAACCGCGAAUAAUAACGGAAACAGCAAUGAGGUGGGCAGUACAGGUAUGGACAGUUCGACGCUGGCGGGCGUGGUCUCUACGGUGAUCUCUUUUAUCGCACUGAUCGUCUCGUUCAUCCAGCUGCUAUACCAGUACUACACCAACGUCUCGCUGAACGCCCUCGGCGCGAGGAACUGCAAUGAAAGGGUCAUGGGCCCUUGGGCCAAGUUCACUCGCCGCCGGUGGAGAUGGCUAGAACUUCGAUACGAGAUUAUCUUCGAGUCCCCGAUUCUCUUCGCGGCGCCGGUCUGGAACCCGCGCGGACCUAUCCCAGGCCGCGAGAUCUGGUAUAUGAGCGGGAGCGACGAGAGCUAUGCGGAAACUAGGACUCCGAUGUCUGUGGACUCGGGCCCCUUUCCCAGGACAGCUGCUGUUCGGCACGGCGUCAAUGUCGAGGCUACCUGGGUAUUACUACUACGAACGCUACAGUCGAUGGAGCGCGACAGCUCGAAAUGGCUGGAUGUCGUGCAGAGUACGGAAGACUGCGAGAAACCCUUGCCUUUCGCCCAUCGUACGCUGGCCAUCGCCGUCCAGGCGCAGACGCUCUCGUGGGAUUUCGUACCGAACUUCAAGAAGCCGUUUGCAAACACAACCAUCUGUCACAUGGUCGAGAUAGCCGCCAUGCUGGGUAUAUACUGGAUCAUGUGGGACGCAACGGUAGAUCGUUACCGUGCCGAGGGCAACGGAUGCAUGCUGCUAGGGUCCUUCAGCGCCGAGCAGGGUAUCGUGUUCAAGUUCGUCAGGCACGACAAGACCCAAUUUCGCGAGCACCGGCUCAUCCCUAGCAAUAUCAUUAAGAGGCUCUGCUUCGGCUUCGCUCCGACCUUUUACCUCCUCGAUAAGUACGACUUCGUCCCGGAGAAGGGCGAGCGCGAGAUAGCUACAGAUCCGAUUCUGCCGCUCCUGAAGUUGGGGAGCAGACAGGAGAUCGUCGAGACGCUUAUGGAUCUUGGAUGUCCCGUACUGAUAUCUGAGCAUUUCCUCAACGAAGAUGCUAGGAUUUCCCACCUUUUUCCCAUCGUGUUCGACAUCUUAGGAAUGCUAGGCCGAUCAAUCUCCGUCGAAGGGUACUGCUACCGCUUCCUGCCCAACCCGACCAUAUUCCGGUGGGAUCGCCGAUGGUUCAAGACGAAGCGGCUGCUUCUCGUUUUCGGGGAGCAUCUCUCCCGGCUCAUCGGGGCCUACAACAGGACGGGGGAUACGCCGGAACCCUUGCGUGCUAUUGCGUCCGCGCUCGAACGCAUAAGUCCGCAGCUAGAGAACCCCAACGCCAAGGACUACUCGCCGGCACUGCUGGAUAGCUUGCGCCGUACUAUGACGACUCUGGAUGGAUACUUGAAAAACGCGCCGGGGGACUGGGAGUCGCCGUCCGAGACCUUGGUGCUCGAUAUAGCCAGCAGUCACGUUGCCUCCUUGGUCACGGACCUCAGCCGCCGGCCGUCGUGGUUCGUGGACUUAUUCCCACUGCGACGUGCCGACGACGGCGUCAACGAAUACACAUAUAUAACGUUCCUAUUCCAACACAGUCGUCGAGCGGUGGUACAGUCGCACGGCGAUCUGAAUGACCUCUAUAACUUGCCCGUCGGGGAGAUAGAGAUCGAAGCACCGCCAGCGAUGGAUGUGGUUGCAAAAGGGACGGAUGAAUUGCCAACUCCUUGGAGAAGCGAUGCGAGGUUACGCGAUGCCACGUGGUGCUUGCUUGUGUUCCGCAUGCUAUGCUGGCUUCAACUGCAUGACUUUCACAGGGACGAUGUCAUGAUUCCACGUAGCGCGACUUAUGGGAGUCGGAUGCCUGUAUAUAUUGUUUGACAUAGACGGUUCGAUAUAUUUACGACAAAUCAAGAUAUAAACAAAAUUGUAAUAUUGUGCAUCGCAAGUGGUUGUUGAAAGCGACUACGACAAGAGCUCCGGCUUGACACCCGUAUAGUAGGUACUUAUUUUCAAUCAAGAGGAUUACCCCUUUCUCUAGCAUAGCAUAUAGCAAAUUACGAAC